UGCAAAAUUCUUGACAGGGUGGGGGAAAGGGGGAAUAAAUUUACCGGAGAUAUAUCCCCCAAUACUGCACAAGUAUAGCGAAGGUGUGUCUCCGCAACUAUCGGAUCAUUCCGACCACAGAACGACGUCAAACGUCUUUGCGGUAGCAUGCGUCUGAUAUCAUCGAAACGAAUUAUCAGUGAUCGUGUUUAUAAUAUACAGCCAUAAAUAUAUCUUCGUUAAAAGUGAUUCCGAGUUCAAGUGUGACAUUGUAUAUACGUAAUUGUUUUGUGAUCAACAUACAUUGCCCCUACGAUAUAUGCAUCUUUCGUUCGUUUUAUAAAUAUAUACAUAAAUAUACGUAUAUACUGUACGAAGAACUGAUAUUACUUGAUACGUUACACAUAUCGUUAUACGUUAAAUGACAAUGAUGCAGGAACACAAAUCUUUUCUCAUCCGUGAUCUUCUCGGCGAUGUUUUGACAGAACGUGUUCAAGAUGAUUCGGAGGACGAUUCCGCUUUGCAUUCGGAUUCAGAAGACACGAUUGAUCCUGGUAGCAGCCCGUGCACGCGUCUGGGAAGCCCAUCGGCGUUGUCACCUUCCCCUGGUUCGGGUUCUGGAUCUGGAAAAGCUUGCGUAACGGGAACACCUAGCGGUAGAAAACCACGUAGAAGACGCACCGCGUUUACCCACGCCCAACUGGCAUACCUGGAGCGAAAAUUUCGGUGUCAAAAAUACCUAAGCGUUGCGGAUCGCAGUGACGUUGCCGAUGCCCUUUCCCUAUCGGAAACGCAAGUCAAAACGUGGUACCAAAACAGAAGAACUAAAUGGAAGCGUCAAAAUCAAUUACGGUUAGAGCAACUCCGACAUCAAGCGACGGUUGAGAAAGAACUUCUUGUGCGUGGUGUCGGUUUACAUCACGGUUCUAUGGAUUCUUAUUGUCCGCCUUAUUCGCAACAACAAUCCUCUCCACACCAUCAACCACCUCCACCGCCACCUCCGGUGUCGACGGUUUCAACGGCCGCUUUCCUCUCGACUGCGGCGGCAUUAUUUAGAAAUGUUACUUACGUCCACGGGUGUCCUCUCUAACCCAGCUCAUACCCCUAAGUAUUUACUGUAUUUUUAAUCUUUCAAAAUUCAUCGUUCGAACGCGCGGAAUCAUUCGUAAAAUUGAGCCUGCAUAAUUGACAGCUUAUACUUGUGAAAAUGAGCUAAUUGUUACGGUCCCUUUCAUUUGAACUUCAUCCUCGGUUAAUCGUCAUCAUCCGGCUGCGCAACAGAUUCUAUGAUUGAUCGAUAUUACAUGAAUCACGUGUGUACUAAUUUAUUGUAUUAGGCCAGAAGCGAACGAACGAGUUAUUCAUAAUUUAUUACUAACAAUAAAUCGAGUGCAGACACCUGAACGCGAUCGACCCAUUAUGAUUCUCAACUCAGUAUAUAAUUAUUGUAAAUUAUUCUAUUUCAUCGUAGUGAGAAUUUCGUGUAAAUAUGUAAUUAUAAAAAAAAAAAAAUCUAGUUGUUCCAUAUUACUAUCUAUAACAAUAAGAUAAAUUAAAAACUUUAACAUUUCAAGCCAAAUACUGGAGAUCUCGUUUUACAUAUGUAUAAUUAUAUAAUUACCCUUUUAUAGAUGAUUUAGCGAAAUAACUUGCAUUUUGUUUGUGGCUUGAAAAGCUCUUGUUACAAGCGAUGAGAGCAGCCACGCUUUUGCGAUAAAUAUAUUGAAAUUAUUCAAUCUUCGAAUUUCUAUACCGCACAAUUCAUUCGUGAACAGCGUUUCGCUUCAUUUUCCUUAAGUUUUCACGGUUCGCAUAACUGUAAAAUACGUGACUAAACUUUGCAAUCAUUAAUUUAGCUGAUAGAAUUGAAUUUUAGUAUUUAUAUAAAUAAUGUGCAAUCUUAUAACUUACAUGAGUUAUAGAAUUAAUUAUUUCUUAUUUUAUUCUCUUUUGUUAUUUAAAUAUAUGUAUAUUAUACACGAUCGUACGUAUACAAUCGGUGUACAUCAGUCCGAGUCCGUAAAUGCAGUUGUUAUAAUUUUUCAGGAAUGACAAAACAUGUAGAUAAAUUAUUAUUAUUAUUAUAAUAAAUUAAUAAA